ACUGUACAGUUUCAGGUCUGUUAUCCGAUAUGUAUAAAUACAUGUCUAUGAACAGGUCACAUUUCCACUCACAAAAACAUCUCAUAACAAACUAUAGGCACAGUACAGAAUCAACACUCACCCCCUUCCUUGUGUUUGGCUUUAUUAACGUGGCAACAUAAAACAAACAACCUAAUCUCUAGCCCAGUCCUUUUUCCCAGGCUUGGUUGUCUGUAGGGAUCUUGUCUUGUGACAUAUCAGCACCACUGCCUAGAGGACCAAUCUCUUCUCUUCAGAGCUAUUGUGGAGUUACAUAUCAACAAGUCAAAGUGAGUCAACAGGGUUCAGUCAGCAACUCCCUUUGGGGUUUCAACACCUCCUCUUAGGGUGGGUCCACAGGAGAACCCAGCAACUCCAUAACAGUUGAGUGCACAAAAGUAAGAUAUUAAUGAACGGAUGGACUCUGUUGAUAAGAUGUACCAACCCACCAUGACAGCUGAUGUGUCAGAAGCUGGGGAAAUGGCUCUGGAACCUCUAAUCACUUGCAAACUAUGUCUCUGUGAACAUUCUCUUGAGAAGAUGACCACUCUUCAAGAAUGCAGCUGCAUCUUCUGUACAUCGUGCCUUAAACAGUAUAUGCAGGUGGCAAUUCGAGAAGGCUGUGGCUCUCCCAUCACUUGUCCAGACAUUGUGUGCUUGAACCAUGGGAUCCUACAGGAAGCAGAGAUUGCCUGUUUGGUACCUGUUGACCAGUUUCAGUUAUACCAGCGAUUGAAAUUUGAACGAGAAGUCCAUUUGGACCCAUGCAGAACCUGGUGCCCUGCUACUGACUGCCAGACCAUGUGCCACAUCAAACUGAGUGACUCGGGACAACCAGUGCCUGUAGAAUGCCCAGCUUGUAACCUGAAAUUUUGCUCAGCCUGCAAAGAAGCAUGGCACCCAGAGCGCUUGUGCCAGGAGAACCAACCAAUUGUAAUACCAACUGAGCAGGGAACACUUACCAGGACUGACCCAGAGGCUCCAAUCAAACAGUGCCCAGUGUGCCGGAUCUAUAUUGAACGCAAUGAAGGCUGUGCUCAAAUGAUGUGUAAGAACUGCAAACACACAUUUUGCUGGUACUGCCUGCAGAACUUGGAUAAUGAUAUCUUCUUAAGACAUUAUGACAAAGGCCCCUGCAGAAACAAACUAGGCCAUUCUCGAGCCUCAGUAAUGUGGAACAGAACACAGGUUGUGGGGAUCCUGGUGGGGCUGGGUAUCCUAGCACUAGUGACUUCUCCCUUGCUUCUUGUGGCAUCACCAUGCAUCAUCUGCUGUGUCUGCAAAUCCUGCAGGGGGAAAAAGAAAAAGCAUGACCCACCGACAACUUAAAAUCCGUGUCUGUCUGUUUCUGCCUCCGUUUAUAUAGUAAUGUAUGUGAGAGAGCACAAAGAUGGGGAUUUGGUGCCAUACCUAGCAAAUAAUUCUCCCUCUCCUUGCCAUCUUUGGGAAUAAGUGCCUAUUGUUUUCAGGCCAAUAGAUUGCUUGCAAGUGACAGUGCAGGAAUUGACUGGGGGAUUGUAGUGUGUGUACUUUGAAUUUUAAAAAGGUCACAGUCAAGUAAUUCAACCACAGAUAUGAUCCACCUUUAAAACUGUUAGACUCUUGUUGAAAGAGGGAUCUUACAGAACUUGGCCAUGUUUUUAUCCUGCAUUGUGGUUGUUUUGCUUCCACAGAGCCAGUCGUGCAGCCCACAGAGGGAAUACAGGUCAAUGAACAAACCCACUUCUUGGUAUUCUGCUAAUUAUAAAGUAAAAGAAGAAAUGUAAUGCUAUUAUCUGCUGGCUUGUGAUUGAUUAAAAUAACAUACAUACAUUUAAGUAACUUCCUUUCAACAUAGGCCUCAGCAUUUUGUGUUAAAGAGGUAAUAUGGGGAAGGAGAAUACCAGAGAGAGAAUGAGGAGGCUAUUUACCAAGAAUGGAUUCUGGUAAUUAUCAAAUUGUAAUUAAAUCAUUGUGUGGCUUAUACUUCAGUGAACACACAUUCAUACCACACCAUUUAAUUUUUGUACAUCAUUACAUUUUGGAGUACAUCAUUACUGAUCUAUACUAUAAACUAUGUUUAGAUUAUAUUUAGGCAUAUUUUCUAAGAGCUGUGAAAAUACCAUGUACAUCUCACAGCACAAAUAUAAAAUCCGGCAUAUAGCUAUUGCAGACUCUGAUCUUAAUUGGAUAUUCAUAACUAUGAAUAAUUGGGCCAAAGUAGAUGCUGUUGAUUGUCAAUGGUAUUUUUAUGACUGAUCUCAGUGGAAGCAAUAGCAAUCAAUAAAAGUUUUUUUCCCCUUUA